AUGUUCACGUUUGUUAAAACCACCGACUUCUUCACUAUCCUGUUCUUUCUAGUCACUGCAACCGUCAUAUCCGCCUCAAACACAGCGGAACUAGGUGUGCUUGAAAAGGCUCAAGCUGCAGUGGCUGAAGCCAGAACUAGGUUUGGGUCAGUGGCAACAAAGGAAGUUGCUAGCAGUUUUUAUAAUUUGGGGUUAAGUGACUGUGAGAAGCUCUACGAUGAGAGUGAGGCUAGACUUUCGACAUUGGUCGUGGCUCAUGAGAAUUUUACCGUUGAAGAUGUUAGAACGUGGCUAAGCGGCGUGCUUGCUAACCAUCACACUUGUUUAGACGGUUUGGAUGAGUCACGUCAAGGUCAUCACGAGCCCUUGGUCCAUAGUAACGUAACGUUCGUGCUCCGCGAAGCUUUGGCUUUCUACAAAAAAUCUAGAGGGAUGCAUGGACCAGCGAUUCCGGACCAUAGAUCAGCGAGACCACACCAUGGACCGACGAGACCAUACCAUGGACCGAAGAGACCAUACAAUGUACCAGCUGCGAGACCAAACCAGAACGGAGGAAUGUUUGUGUCAUGGAGUCCGACAAGGUCAAGGGCGGAUUUCGUGGUGGCUAAGGACGGUUCGGCGACUCAUCGGUCGGUGAAGGAGGCAUUAGCCGCUGUUUCAAGAAUGGGUAAAAGUCGGUCGCAUAGAGUGAUAAUCUACAUAAAAGCGGGUGUUUAUAACGAGAAAAUAGAAAUAGAUAGAGACAUGAAGAAUAUAAUGCUAGUCGGUGAUGGUAUGGACCGUACAAUCAUUACAAAUAACCGAAAUGUCCCAGAUGGUUCCACGACUUAUGGAUCUGCCACGUUUGGGGUAUCUGGAGAUGGAUUUUGGGCACGGGACAUGACGUUCGAGAACACGGCAGGACCACAAAAACAUCAAGCGGUGGCACUGAGAGUAAACUCCGAUUUGUCUGUAUUCUAUCGAUGUAGUUUCAAAGGAUAUCAAGACACUCUUUUCACUCACUCGCUCCGUCAGUUCUACCGCGAUUGCCAUAUUUAUGGUACGAUUGAUUUCAUAUUUGGAGAUGCGGCUGCUGUUUUCCAAAAUUGCGAUAUAUUUGUGAGACGGCCUAUGGAUCACCAAGGCAAUAUGAUCACAGCUCAAGGAAGAGAUGACCCACAUGAAAAUACAGGCAUUUCGAUCCAACACUCGCGAGUCCGGGCGGCACCAGAAUUCGAGGCGGUUAAAGGCCGGUUUAAGAGCUACUUGGGGCGGCCGUGGAAGAAGUACGCUCGUACGGUAUUUCUCAAGACGGACCUUGACGGGUUGAUUGACCCGAGAGGAUGGACAGAAUGGAGAGGCGAUUUCGCUCUGUCUACGUUGUAUUACGGCGAGUUUAUGAACACCGGAGCUGGUGCGGGGGCUAGCAGAAGGGUGAACUGGCCGGGAUUUCAUCUCCUUCACGGAGAGAAUGAGGCUUCUCCGUUCACCGUCAGCCGAUUUAUACAAGGCGAUUCUUGGAUCCCUAUCACCGGUGUGCCGUUUUUGGCCGGUGUUUGA